AUGCCAAAGAUAGCAGAAUCAGAAGAACAUUCUAAAACUGUUCAUCUUCAACAAAAAGAUCUUAUGCCGCUAAACAAACGAUUAUCUCUUACUCCCGAAACUAGACAUCGUGGAUUAAUUCCAUUACAUCCAUCAAAGAGUCUUGAUUUAGGGGCAUUACCAACAUGGAGAAAUAAAUCAUUUGUGUCCUUGCAAAAUUAUUGGACUGGAGAACAACAAACAGAUCGUCUUUUCACACAAGGCAACCAGUUUAUUGUUUGUCCAUUUCAUAGACUAAAACUACUGGUUGUCAUCCUACACAUUGUGUUGGAUCUCAAAUUUGGCCAAAAGAACAUCCUCGCUCACGUCCUUAUGGACCACCUCGUCCCAAAGACAAGAUGGCUGAAAAAGCUGAAGAAUUCAUUAGAAUUUAUUACGAUUCCCAGAAAAUCAAAACGUCUUAAACAAGUCAAAAAUGAAAUUGAAGAGAAGGGACAUUACGAUUUAACAUAUGAAGAGUUAGUUUAUGGAGCUCGCUUAGCAUGGAGAAAUGCACCACGAUGUGUUAAUCGUAUUGUGUGGAGACAACUUGAGGUUUUAGAUGCACGAGAUGCUAACACUACGAAGGAAAUGUUUGAAGCAAUUUGUGAUCAUCUUCGCUAUGCAACCAAUGAGGACAUUUUCAGGUCAACUAUUACAGUAUUUCGUCAUCGUACUAAACCAAAUUCUGACUUUAGAGUUUGGAAUGUACAAUUAAUUCGAUAUGCUGGUUAUAAGAAACCAGAUGGUAGUAUUAUAGGAGAUCCUGACAGUGUAGAAUUUACAGAGGUAUGCCGUCGUUUGGGUUGGUCUCCACCUUAUGGACAUCCUGGAAUGUUUGAUGUUCUACCAUUAGUAUUACAAGCUAAUGGAGGAGAUCCUGAAGUAUUUGUAAUACCAAAUGAUCUUGUACUUCAAAUAGACAUUAUACAUCCAGAGUACAAAUGGUUCAGGGAUCUCAAUUUACGUUGGUAUGCUGUACCUGCUGUGUCAGCAUUGAUGUUAGAUGUUGGAGGUUUAGAAUUUACAGCUGCUCCAUUCAAUGGUUGGUACAUGAGCUCAGAAAUAGGAGCACGAAAUUUUUCUGAUGAAUAUCGCUAUAACAUGUUGAAACCCGUGGCUGAAAAAAUGGGCCUGAAUACUGGUUCAUAUCGAUUAUGGAGAGACAGGCUUUGGUUGAGUGAAUACUGCUGUUUAUACAGUUAUCAAAAAGCUGGAGUCACUAUUGUUGAUCAUCAUUCAGCAACUGAGUCGUUUAUGACAUUCUUUAAAAAUGAGAGUGUAAUACGUGGUGGAUGUCCUGCUGACUGGGUGUGGCUAGUCCCACCCAUUUCUGGUGCUACAAAACUCUUCCAUCAAGAAAUGUUGCUCUAUUAUCUUUCACCAAGUUAUGAGUAUCAGAAAACUUGUGAGUUAUAUCGAAUAUCACCACGAAUAGAAGAGAAUGAAUUUACUCCUGGUAAAUCAGAGUACAAGAAGGACUGUUUUCGUAUUACACCAUUCAGAGAUGAAACACCAACCAAAGAUCUUUGUAGAGCUUCUGAUGAAUUUCAGAGUAAAAAUCUGGCUGAGUUGAUUGCUGCACGACAACGAGAAUGGGGAGAAAUGACGUUGUAUUUUGGUUGUCGUCGUAGCGAUACUGAUUACAUUUAUAAAGAGGAGAUACAGAAGGCUCACAUUACUGGUGCUUUAACUAAUGUUCGCGUUGCAUUCUCCAGAGAACCUGACCAACAAAAGCCUGCAAUACCAGACACUCCUAUUGAUGGCAGUUUCCGCAUUCCCUCCAGACUUCCAAAACGUCCUACAGUGACUGUAUUGAUUCCUACGCCGACAUCAGCUAAUGAACCUGUAUCUCCUAUGACCAGAUUGUACGUAGAACAAAAUACAACAAGUGAAGGGAAAAAGGGAGGGAAGACGAAGAAAUGGCAAGAUCAGAAGAGAUGGGAACAACCGAGGGGACAGUAUCAAGCAACCAAUAUUGACUUCAGUGUAAAUAGACGUGCUAAGUAUUAUCGCAGUCGUCUUGGCUCUAACUCGCUUCAAGAGGAAGAAGAAAGUGAAGAGACAAAAGUUGGUAUGAUUCGUAUCACAGAUUAUGGCAAUUUAAGUGAGAAGACAAUACUUGAGCCGCAGAGUCCAACCAAACCUGAUGAUGUAAUAUUACGUAAAAGUGAACAAAUGAAGAAAGUCAUAAGAAGAAAAGAGCCUUGA